GCGGACCCGCCCCCUCUUCCGCCCGGAAGUUUCGCUGCCUGCUCUUCUCCGUCAGCUGCUGCCACUGCCGCUGGUGCGUUGGUUUCUGUGUCCCUGAAGGUUGAUGCGAAGGUGGAAAGGGAGCCCUGCGACCCGCGGGGACUCGGCGGGGCGGGACCUGACGUGCAGCUAAUGUGUAAAGCACUUCAGACAAGAGAAUCCAGGAUCUGGGAGCAAGCCACAGCAGUCCUGUCAUGACCCUAGUCCAUUCACCUUCUCUCCCAGCUAUCUUUCCAGAGUCCUCUGAGUUUCCAAGAGCCGUGGAAGAUGAAUACAUCUCUGGAGUUGGUGUCAUUUGAGGACGUGGUUGUAAACUUCUCCUGGGAGGAGUGGCAGGACCUGGAUGAUGCUCAGCGGACCCUGUACAGGGUUGUGAUGCUGGAGACGUACAGUAGCCUGGUGUCAUUGGGGCACUGCAUUACCAAACCUGAGGUGAUUGUCAAGUUGGAGCAAGGAGCAGAGCCAUGGACUGUAGAGGAAGCCCCAACCCAGAGCCUCCCAGAUGUCCAGACUGCAGAUGACCUGAUUGAGACCCUCCAGGAGCAUCAGAGCAGACAUGUGUGGCAAGUUGGAUUUGCCAACAACAAAACAUCAACUAAGGAGAGAACCAGCUUGGGAAAACCAUUUAAUUUGAGUGCAAUCCACCUUUCAAACCUGAUUAUAAAUAAUGGAAACUGUUCAGGAAUGAAGCCAGAGGAGUUUAAUGUGUGUCAGAACAUGUUUCUCCCUGGUGAGCCUGAUGAGAUGUAUGCUGGAGAGAAGCCUGAGGACCAUAAUACAACUGGGAAACCCCUCAGGUAUGGCGAGCAUUGUAGUUUUCAUCAGAAGGAUCAAAUUUUGCAGCCACCUUUUGAAUUUGGUGGGCAAGGGAAGGGCUUCAACAAGGAGGCAACCUUCUUUACACAUAGCUGUGCUCACAUGGGAGAGCCUACCUAUACAUAUGACGAAUAUCAGAGAGCCUGUGACAAGUCAGCUCUCAUUGCCCAAGAGAGAACUCACAUAGGGGAGGAUCACUGUAGAUGUAAGGAAUGGGAGAACACCUUUUGUGCAAAACCAACACAGUCGUAUCUUCAUAGAGCUGAUUUCAAGGAGCAAUACCGUAAACUUAAUCAAAGUGGGGAUAAUUUCAGCAAGAAAUUACACCUCACUCCACUUUCAAGACCUCAGUUAGGAGAGAAAACUUUUGAAUGUGAUGUAUGUGGCAAAACUUUCUACAAAAAGUCUAAUCUCAAUAAACAUCAGAAAAUACACACAGGAGAGAAACCCUAUAAAUGCAGUGAGUGUGAGAAAACCUUCAUCAGUAAAACAGUUCUUACAAUACAUCGGAGAACUCAUACAGGGGAGAAACCCUAUGCAUGUAUCGAAUGUGAGAAAUCUUUCUGCCAUAAGUCACACCUAACUGUUCAUCAGAGAACCCACACAGGAGAAAAACCGUAUGAAUGUUAUGAAUGUGGGAAAUCCUUCUCUGUGAAAACCAAACUCACUGUACAUCUGAGAACACACACAGGAGAGAAACCCUAUGAAUGUAAUGAGUGUAGGAAAUCCUUUUACCAGAAGUCAGCCCUCACUGUACAUCAAAGGAUUCACAAUAGAGAGACACAUCAUGAAUGCAAUGAUUGUGGUAAAACCUUCCAUAAGAAGUCAAUUCUCAUUGCACAUCAGAGAACUCACACAGGAGAGAGACCUUAUGAAUGUAAAGAAUGUGGGAAAUCCUUUGGCCAUCGCCCAGCUCUUACCGUACAUCAGAGAACUCACACAAGAGACAAACCUUAUAAAUGUAAUGAAUGUGGGAAAUCUUUCUGUGUAAAGCCAAAGCUCACUGUGCAUUUGAGACUUCACACAGGUGAGAAACCCUAUGAAUGUAAGGAAUGUGGGAAGACUUUCUACCAGAAAUCAAAACUCACUGUACACCAGAGAACUCACACAGCUGACACAUCUUUGGGUUUCCAAGGAAAGAGCCUGGAGGGAGAUUGCAAGGCUGAGCAGCAAGGAUUUUCUUUCUUCUUCUUUGGCAGAUAUCCAUGUGGUUGUGAGCAGGGGUGGGGUAAGGUUCCAGUCCUGUUUCUCUGGUCCUGUUUCGCUGUGCAGAACUUUAACAUGGUGACUCAUAUUUGAAUGUACCUGAAAUGCUUCAAACACUUUACCACUAAGCAUAAAAGAAGUUACUUUCUAUUCCUAGAUUUAUUUUUUUUACGCAAAUAGGUGUUGGAUUUUGCCGAAGGCUUUAUUCAUCUGUUGAAGUAAUCAUAAAUCCCGUUUCUUUAUUGUGAACCAGCUGAAGCUACAAAAUUAUUUCUAAUCAUGGGCUUAGCUGAACUGCUUCCAUUGUCAUGCAGGGGAAUAUACCACUUUCCAGGAGAUACAGGAGUUAUUUUGAUAAGAUGUUACCAGUUCAUUUAUGUCACAGGUCUGAUUAACCCCAUCUCAGAAAACUGGGAGGUUGAUGCCUAGUGUGUCUAAUUUUGCAGGUCAUUAUUUUUCCGUUCUUCCACAGAAACAGUGCUCUCCAGACUGGGGGCCUGUUUGGACCUCUCUCCAUCCCACCAUGUUACUGUCUCCUACCCGGAUGUGGGAGCCUUUCAAGAGAAGGAAUCUCUUUCUUCUUCAGUUACUGUAUUUUGGCUUAGGAUCACAGACUCUGACUACCCUUGCUGCCCUUAACUGGGUGAAUGCAUUUAUGUGCUUUGAAACAUACUUCAAAAGCACACAAUAGUUUUAGGUGAACUGACUCCCAGGAUACUGAGGAAUUCUAACAUACUGUGUUGUAGUGACACGUGUCUCGGUUUUAUAUUUUGUGCCCACAAGAGCGCAAACUACACUUGGCCUCCAAUUAUGUUUCUUUUUCUCAGCUAAUUGGUGGGGACUGUGGGCAAGGGAUUGACUGGCUGAGAACCCCAGCACCUUGUUCCUCAUUUUGGGGAUUUCUGGGAUUCUGUAUAGUCCAGGCCUGAAUAAGGAAUUGAAACAAUCACAGCGUGGGUUUGCAGCAUGUGCAUCCUUCUGCCUGGAGACCCAGAACUGUGUGAUAAGUCCUAGAAAUGAGCAGAGCGGAGACUAUGAGGUUAGGGAAGCACUUACUGAGUGAGUCUCAGAGUCCUGCUGCAGGACUCUGGCUGAGGCCAAGAGGAAAUGUGGCCAAGGCUUUACCAAGUCUCGGGGAUCAGGGGUCUUGGGCCAGAUAAACCCUUCCACCCCUGCACAAACUCAGCUGAGGCAGUUGUACUGAAAUAGUGCUUUUAUUUCUUGAAGUUCUUGGAAUAUGCUGCAGGGCAGGGGGAAUCCUCCUUGGCUAGGAGGGCAAAGGGCCUUGCUUGGUGGGCAGCUCUGGGUCUUUCUCCUCGAUGACUCCUAGGAGCUUGGGACUGGCCUGUGGGAGGUCAGGGUCUGAGGAGGGAAGUCUCCAAGCAUCCCUAUGCCCACAGCUCACUGGAACUUGCCCCUUGCCACCCCACCAUUGCCAGCCUCUGCACUUUUGUCUUGGUGGUGCCCUGUGAGAACAGACCAUCCUCUGAGGACUGUGGUUCCCCUUCCUCACCUUCCUGUACCCUGCUCCUUCCAUGAGCUAUUCUCUGCUCCCUGCCACCUCAUUCCAGGACUCACAGGUUCUCCUGGGCCAGCCCCUUCUUCUUGUUUGCUUGGGGUUUGAGCAGGGAUCUGCAUCCCAAGCUUUUCCAGCUCCUCCUUAAGCCUGGACAGAAAAGGGUGGGGUAGGAGUGUGUGGCAGGGGAGGGGAGGGGAAGGGACAAGAGGGUGUGAAGAGACCAGGAGAUAAGCCAAAAGGGGACUGGAGAUGCCCUCAGCCACCUUCCCCUUGGGUACUGGGGGCAGGGCCUCCAUGCCCACCUCUGCCUCUUCUGCUGCAGCUGCUGGCACUUCUGCUGUAGCUGCUCAUGGUGAUGUGCAGCAGCCUCCAGGAGCUCCUGGGCCUUCCUGUUCUCCUCUUCAAACAGAUGCCUGAGGGUAGGGCCAUCAGCAGUGGUGGCUCCCUCCCUCCACCCCAUUCCCUGUCCCCGCCAUCCUUAUCUUACACUGCAGCUGCAGCCUCCUGGCUGCGCAGAAAGAGCCCCUCAGCAAUGGUCGAGCAGCCAUCAGCCCCAAAUUGGGAACAAAGGCGAUGCUUCACAUCCUCCAGCUUCGCCUCCACAAGCUUCUCUGCAGCAGGAAGGGACAGAUGAGCAGGGCAGGGCAGGACAGGACAGGGCAGGGCCUCCCCAUUCUCCAGGCCUCACCUUCCUUGAGCAGUUGCUCCUUGCUGCUGUCCAGGGUGCCAAUCUCCCGGGCCAUCUGCUCUGGCCUCUGAGUAGGUAGAGAGGAGGCCUGUCCAUGUGUCCCAGGCUCUCCCUUGCACCUCAGAGAAGCCUACCUGGAUCUGGUCUCUACUCAGCAUGCCUCACUUCCUACUACUCUGGGUCUCUGGGCGCACAAGGCAUGUGCCAGCUUCAGGGCCUUUGUACUGGCCAUUUUCUCUCCACAGGGAACUGUCUCACCCCAGAUACCUGUGAUGCUGCACUUGAGAGGCUCAUGAGGUGGUUCAUGAAUUUUGGAAGCUUUGAAAUCAGGUCUGAGGCAAGUAUUUAUUAUAGGGGAUCCUGAAAACAUUACAAAUCAGAACUGUUCCCUGGAGAAUCAGUCACCAGACCUGAACUGCAGCUCCUCUUCCCUUUGUGUGGUGUUCUCACUGAGCUCCUCCAUCCUAACAUUGAUUCUCUCUGCCCCUUUUAUUUGGCACCUGGGAUCCUUGGUUUCCCACUAUCUGCCCUGUGCUGUCAUGGCUGCAAACACAUCCACGGAUCUUCCUUAUGGAUAACCUCUCCUUGGUUCAUCGGGGUUCCUCCUGGCCACUGAAGGGCCAGGGGGGAGCAGCAGGGAUGGAUGGGCAGGACCAGCAGAAGAGGACGACACUGGGUGGCAGUGAGGGUGGUGUGUAGGGACUGAGCUGAGGGCCAUCUUGAUGUAUGACCACCAGGGCUGGCUCAGGAGCUGGGUGUGGCAGGUGAGAGGGAGGAGGCUUGCAGUGUGACCCUGAGCUUUGGGCCUGGGACUUCCAGGGAAGAUGUGGAAGGUGGGAGGAAUGGCUUUGAGUGACUCACAUGGAACUUCCAGAGGUCCUUGUGCUGGCCCAUCAGAUCCUCCAGCUGUUCCUCAAAAUCCAACCUGUGGACCAACCAUUCAAGAUGAGGGGCCAUGGGCUGAGACAUUCCUCCUCACCUUGGUCCAGGCCAGGGGUCUUCAUGCACAGACCUUGGGAGGCUUGCCCGUGUUCUUUGCUCUGCAGGAAGUACUUUCACCACCUUGACCCUUCAAGAUCAGCCCAGCCAGCUCCUCUUCUAACCCCCAUCUCCAGUAUUACCCGCACCCACAACCCAUCCCAGCACAUCGCCCCCACCCUGCCUGGUAUUGGACACUGGGCUUUACCUCAGUUGCCUCUGUUUGUUCUUCUCUUCCUCAAUCUGGGAGUUCAGGGCAGAAAUUCGCUCCUUGCACUCCUGCAGCAUGGUCUGCUUCCUGGGAAGAGGCAAAGGCAGCUGUCAGUCAUAUUCUCUGAAUGUCUCCCCAGGACAGGGCUGGGGUGGGGCUUCUGCCUUCUCUUGGGGUCUGUUCUGGCUUUGCAGAUCAAGGUCCUUCUCUAAUAACUUCAUGGGGGGGCAUGAGCAUGUGUACCCUGGAAAUACUGUUGUGAAAUCAGGAAGAUCAACAUGGACAGACACAGGUGCACAAGCACACACUAACAUAUCAAUCUCAUCCAAAUUUCCCACGUAGUUCUAAUGUUGGUGGGCUUGGGGACUCUGGUCACAAAAUGAGUUAAAUCAAGGUUCAGGAAGUGGAGAUGGAUUCACAAAUAUUGAGGUGGAUGGAAAGAUAGUAGAUGCAUGGAGAGAUACUGGGUGCCUUGAUGCCUAAAUGAAGGAACAGGAGAGUGAACAGAGACCAAGGAGCUGAUUUUAGGAAGAGUGACAGGCAUAAAAUAAAUAACAGCUGAAAGCAUUUGAUAUUCUAGCAAAUGAAUGAUUAUCCCAGUGAGUCAGAGUACCAUUAACAGUACUGCAUACUGUUGGGGCCAAGGUGGGAAGACAUGCAUCUGGCCUCUCCUUUUUUCAGAGGGAGACACUGUGACCUGUGGGUCCAGGACUGAUUUUCCCUCUUUCUCCUUUGACCACAAUGAAGGGGAAGGGCAGAGCAAGUCCCAGAUGGAAGCUCUUACCUCUGUGCCUCACUUUCCUUCUCCUGGCAGUGGAGCCUGAGGAUCCUUAGGGUUUCUGCAGGGAGAGGAGCCAAGGGCCCCGUGAGAACCCAUCAAAGCAUCAAGAUUGGGCAUUGAUAAUAGGGUCAGAUCACAUGUAGUCUUGUGGACACCUGAUAGGACUUUGUCAUUUACUGUAAGUGUGGUGGAAGCCACAGGAGGGAUGCAAGCUAAGUCAGGUUCCAAAGGGCUUCAGCUGCUAUGGAAAGAUUGGCCUCCGCAGGGUGACAAGGGCAAAAGUCUGGAGACAGAGUAGCUGCAGUUACCUUGCUUUUUGUUCAAGAUCUCUUUCAGGCGUACUUUCUCUCCACUCACUGGAAAACACAGGAACACAAUCAGGCCUCUGUGCAUCACUGCACCCUCAGGGAGUGCAUUUGCCCCUCAUGCACAGGCAGUUUGGGAUAGCUCUACCCCAAUCCCAGAUGUGGACCCCUUGAAUUGAGCCUCCUCCCCUCUUGAGCCCACACUCCCUGUAAGCAGCAAAGGGCCCUGGGGUUGAUACAGGGUGACUGUGAAGAUCCUGCAGGCGGCCAGUGUGUUUACAUGGAGGAGAGAGAAAAAACACAUGACAUGAAGAAACACAAGCAGUAAGGGGAAUGUGAUCAGGUGGGGACAGGGUGCUGUCUUUAGAUGGGAUGACUUGGGGGAGGUUUAUCUGAGAAGGGGACAUUCAAGGUAAGAGCUGAUGAGGAUGUGUGGCAAUAGGAACCUGUACUAUCUGGGGGAAGAACAGCCUAUCAAAAACCCUGAGGUAGAAGUAUGCUUGGAGAGCAUACUUCUUUGGGAACACUCCUACCCACAGAGUGGGAGAUUGGCAGGACCUGAUGUUGGAGAGGGGGUAGGAGCCCUUGGCCACAGCAAGAAUGCUAAGUGUCCAGAAUAUUGAGUUCAGGAAGGUAUGACACUGAAGACCUCUGGGUGACCCCCAGCUUGCUUACAUGAGUCCAUUUCCCUCUGCAGGGCCUCCCAAACAGUCCGGGCCUCUCCCAGCUCCUCACUGGCUUUCUUUUUUGCUGUGCCAAAAAGCAGAACAAUGUCAGUGCAGCCUCCAACUGCAUUAUUCCUUGCAAACAGUGACAUUUUUCAUUUGUCUUCCAGGAAAUCUGGGUUGGGGGACAGAUUUUAAAGCAAGAAACCAGGCUUCCAGAACACAAGCCUUUCUUGUUGGGCUCAGUUGAUAGCACCACCAGGUUCAUGGACACGUGACUAUAGCAGUUGCAUUUACAUGGACCCAUCCUUGGUUUUAAUGAUCUGCUGCUGCUGUCAUGAACUACUCAGUAAUCUUUUAACAAGGAGCCCUGCAAAUCAUGUAGCUGGUCCCAGAGCUCACCUUGCUGAACCUCAUUAAUCCGAUUAAUCAGGACUUCAACCCUGGGCUCUAGGCUUCCCGCUGCAGGAAGGAAAGGAAGUUGAGUGGAGAUGACAGGGCAGGUAGAGGGAGUUGGGGGCCCUACAGGGACUCUCAUUCUGGGUAGGGGAGACAAGGAAAAAAAAUAGAGAUACUGAGUCAGGCUGUAGUAAUUGUAGCAAGGAAUUAAAGAGUGAAGGAGUGGGGCAUGCUCUUCAGAUAUGGGAAGACCUCUUAAGGGCCCCAAAUCAUGGGGAGGGCAGUUCCUGGGUGGGGUGGUAGGUAGUCCGUGUAAAGGCCUGCCCUGAGGUGGGAAUGUGGCUGGAAGGAGGCUGGUAAGCAAGCAGAGAGCAGCAGAGCUAAGGUGGAGGGAAGGGAGGUGAAGGUAAAAACCUGGAUUUAACUGAAUACAGUUGGGGCCAAAUAGGUGGCUAGCAAGGGGGUUUUGGGAAAAUUUCUCGCCUUCCAUCCCCUCAUAAUUCAAUUUUGAAUCAUGGCGCUGUAUUUUUGCUUCAAAGAAUUAAGUUUUAAAAAAAGAGAGAGCAAAUGAGUUAAUUUCCCAAGGUUGUGAAUUGUGAGGCCUGGAACUGAAUCCACUUCUGCCUUAUCCCAAAGCUCAGGCUGUGCCUGUUACAGAGGAGACAUGAGACCUUUCUGCAACUUCUUCACCAUUUCCAGCAAGUCUUCAAUUUUCUGUGAGGAUUUGGCUUGCCCUGUGGAGACAAAACCAAACAUUUUAGAAUCCUGAGGGAGUGAGAAGCCUGAGGAAGGGUCCAACAACUUUGGUCUGGGACUGAGGGGGGCUCAGGUCUCCAGCCACAGUGGUGCCCCUUCUUGUCCUGAGGUGGAUGGAUACUGAAUGAGAGAUGAGUCAGGCCAUUUCACAGUCUACUUCUUCUAAGUUGUGAAAUGAUACCACAGAUUUCCCCUUAAUACAACUCAGGCCAAGGGGAGGGGUGAACUUUCACUGCCUGUAGUAUUCAAGAUUGGGUCAAAGCUCAUGAUGUAAUAGUGAAAGAAAAAAAAAGGAGGGGUAAAAAAAACUGGAAACAAGGAGUCAAAAAUCACUGUAACUGCAGAUAGCUAAUUAACUAGAAAGUUCUAGAGAGUCUUAUAAAAAAUCCCACAAAGAACAGAAGAAAACUAAUUUAAGACAUCUCAAUUUAAAAAAUGCAGUUAUUCUAUAUACACUUACUAUUCUGAAGCCUCCCAUUAAAAUAUUAACCUGUUUUUAACCAAUAUAGGCACUUACUUUUUAAAAAAUUUUUUUGUUAUGUUAAUCACCAUACAUUACAUCAUUAGUUUUAGAUGUAGUGUUCCAUGAUUCAUUGUGUGUGCAUAACACCCAGUGCUCCAUGCAGAACGUGCCCUCUUUAAUACCCAUCACCAGGCUAACCCAUCCUCCCGCCCCCUCCCCUCUAGAACCCUCAGUUUGUUUUUCAGAGUCCAUCGUCUCUCAUGGUUCGUCUCCCCCUCCGAUUUCCCCUUCAUUCUUCCCCUCCUGCUAUCUUCUUUUAUUUUUUUCUUAACAUAUAUUGCCUUAUUUGUUUCAGAGGUACAGAUCUGAGAUUCAACAGUCUUGCACAAUUCACAGCGCUCACCAGAGCACAUACCCUCCCCAGUGUCUAUCACCCAGUCACCCCAUCCCUCCCACCCCAACCCCCACUCCAGCAACCCUCAGUUUGUUUCCUGCAAUUAAGAAUUCCUCGUAUCAGUGAGGUCGUAUGAUACAUGUCUUUCUCUGUUUGACUUAUUUCACUCAGCAUAAUACCCUCCAGUUCCAUCCACGUCGUUGCAAAUGGCAAGAUCUCAUUCCUUUUGAUGGCUGCAUAAUAUUCCAUUGUAUAUACAUACCGCAUCUUCUUUAUCUACUCAUCUGUCAGUGAACAUCUUGGCUCUUUCCACAGUUUGGCUAUUGUGGACAUUGCUGCUAUAAACAUUGGGGUGCACGUACCCCUUCGGAUCCCUACAUUUGUAUCUUUGGGGUAAAUACUGCUGGAUCAUAUGGUAGUUCUAUUUUCAACUUUUUGAGGAACCUCCAUACUGUUUUCCAGAGUGGCUGCACCAGCUUGCAUUCCCACCAACAGUGUAGGAGGGUUCCCCUUUCUCCGCAUUCCUGCCAACAUCUGUCAUUUCCUGACUUGUUAAUUUUAGCCAUUCUGACUGGUGUGAGGUGGUAUCUCAUUGAGGUUUUUAUUUGGACUUCCCUGAUAUAGGCACUUAUUUUUAAUCCCUUAAUGAACUGGUAGAUCUAGGCAAUGGUACUAACAUCACAAUAAAGAUAACUGGACACUAUGAGCCAUUUGAGGUAAAAAUAUAAUAUAGGAUUCUUGCCAAAAAAAUCAGACUAGUAUCUUUUAAUCCUCUCAACCUAAAUACUAAUUCAGAGGAAAUACAGGGACACAGGACACAUGGGAAUGCAAUUACCAACAUCCAGAUUAGGAACUGGAUUCCUAAAGGAACUCAGUUCCUUUAACAGAUUUUGGGGAAAAAGGAAAAAGAAGAGUCUUGCAGACUAAAAGGGAUUAAAGAGAUCGAUAAAUCAAUCUAAAAAAUGGACAGUAUUUAGAUCUUGAUUCAAACAAAUGUACUUUAAAAAAUAUUGACACAAUCAGGAAAAUUGACUGGAUAUUUGAUGAAACUAAGGAAUUAUUGUAGUUGUUAUUCAGAUAUGACAAUACUAUUGUGGUUAGUUAUCUUUUAGAGAUAUGCAUGGAAAUAUGUAUGGAUGAUAUGCUAUGAUGCCUGUGAUCCUCAAAUGAAGUAGUGGAAUGGGUGGCAGGAGUGGGUGAGGAUAAAGAGGAAAAAAGGUUGGCCAAAAGCUGAUAAUUGGUAAAGUGGAAAGAUGGGCUCAUGGGGUAAUUAUAUUUUGUUCUCGCCUUUUGUAUAUGCUUAGAUCUUUCCAUAAUAUGUUUCAAUCAAUAUAAAGAAGGUAAAGAAUCAUUUCUAUAGAAGAGUGGAGAAAAGGAGAGAACAGUGAAGCAAAAAUUAUACAAAUGGUCACUAUUUGAAAAGCUGUACAAUCUCAGUCAUAAUUAAUGAGCUAAAAAUAACAUAUUGUACCUAUCUGAUUGGUAAAGAUUAAUAAAUCUGUCAAUGGUCAGUGA